GAAGCAGUCCGACCACUGAGAGCUACCGCGACCAGCAUGGCCGAGCUCAUCACCGGGGCGAUGGGCACACUCCUGCCCAAGCUCGGCGACCUGCUGACGAAGGAGUACAAGCUGCAAAAGGGCGUCAGGGGCGAGAUCAUGUUCCUCAAUGCCGAGAUGGAGAGCAUGCAGGCCGCACUCCUCAAGGUCUCCGAGGCUCCCAUCGACCAGCCACCGGACAACCAAGUCAGGCUCUGGGCAAAGGCCGUAAGAGAUCUGUCUUAUGAUCUUGAGGACAGCAUCGACAGAUAUAUGGUGCGUGUCGACACCCAUGAGCCUCAUAGUUUCAUGGGCUAUGUCCAUCGAAGCCUCAACCUGCUGACCAAGGGCAAGAUCCAACACAAGAUAGGCAUCGAUAUCAAAGGCAUCAAGAGCCGCAUAAAGGAGAUCAGUGAGCGGCGUGAUAGGUACAAGAUUGAUAAUAUAGGUUCCAAGCCUAUUGGUCCAACCGUUGACAGCCUUCGCCUAUCAGCUCUGUACGACAAUGCUGUAGAUCUUAUUGGUAUCGAAGAGAAGAGCGAAGUGCUAGUGCAGAUGCUGAAGGACGGGGACGAGUUAUCAGAGAAGCAACUUAAGAUGGUCUCUAUUGCUGGUUUCGGAGGAUUAGGGAAGACAACUCUUGCCAAUGUGGUGUAUCAGAAGCUUAAGCCUCAGUUUGAUUGCUGCGCUUUUGUUUCCGUCUCGCUUACUCCAAACAUGAAGAAGAUAUUUGAAAACUUGCUCAAUCAACUUGAUAAGAAGAACAUGAACAUUGUGAAGGACAACUGGGACCAGGAACAACUCAUCAGGGAACUACGUGAAUUCCUUAAGAACAAGAGGUACCUCAUAAUCAUUGAUGACAUGUGGGAUAAAACUGUAUGGAAGAUCAUUAAACAUGCUCUGAUUGAGAAUGAAUAUGGAAGUAGGGUUCUUGCCACAACUCGCAAUCUUGAUAUAGCCAAAGAAGCUGGUCAUGUUUAUCAGCUAGAAUCUCUUUCUAUUGUUGAAUCAAGAAAGUUAUUCAACCAAAGAAUAUUUGGCAGCGAGGAGGAAAGCAUCCCUAUAAAAUUGGCCCAAAUUGCCACGAGCAUUUUAAAGAAAUGUGGUGGAAUACCAUUAGCUAUCAUUACAAUUGCCAGCUUACUGGCAAGUAAAGAGGGGAAUGCAAAUGCAUACGAGUAUUGGUCAAUGGUGUACCGGUCUAUGGGUUCAGGGUUACAAAAUAGUCUUGAUGAUUUGAAGAAUAUGAUGAGAAUAUUAUCAGUCAGUUACUACGAUUUACCACAACAUCUGAAGACUUGUUUAUUGUAUCUAAGUCUGUAUCCAGAGGAUUAUCAGAUUAAAACCACCACACUGGUAUGGAAAUGGGUGGGUGAAGGUUUUGUUAAAAAGGAACAUGGGAAGAAUCUGUACAAAGUAGGAGAAGAUUACUUGGAUGAGCUGAUCAAUAGAAGUUUGCUCCAACCGGCAUACAGUGACAGUAAUAAAACAGUGACAUCUUGUCGUGUACAUGAUAUGGUGCGUGACCUCAUCACUUCCUUGUCAAAUGAAGAAAACUUCCUAACAAGAUUAGGUGAUCAGCAGAUCGUUUCUGUGCCGAGUAAAUUCCGUCGACUAUCCCUCCAAACAAGCAAUAAAGAGGUCAUUCAGCUGCCAACUGAGAGCUUGUCCCAUGUGAGGUCACUUACUGUGGCAAAUUCAGCUUUCAGCUUGUUGCCAACAAUUUCAGGUUUUCUUGUCCUGCGUGCAUUGGAUUUUAGUGGUUGCCGUGAGGUGGAUGAUGAUCAUUUAAAGGAUAUUUGCAAUUUGUUCCAUUUGAGGUAUUUGUGCCUACAUGAGACAUCUGUCAAGAAGAUCCCAAGGGAGAUUGGGAAUCUACGAUUUUUGGAGGUGCUGGAUAUGAGUGACACAGAGCUGAAAGAAGAGCUGCCAUCAACCUUUGUGCGACUAACACAACUGGUGUUACUUGACAUGCCCAAAGGUAUCAUCUGUGCAGUACCAAGAUUGAUUCCCUCACUAUCCUCCCUUUCCUUCCUACGCAUCGCAGUGGAAACCUUGGGAGAGGAGGACCUUCAAGUUCUUGGGAGCAUGCCGUCGCUCAGUGACCUCGACAUAUGGGUGAACGACCCCACAAAAGGCAGAGACAGAAGAUUGAUCAUUGACAAUGGUUAUCCAUUUCGCUGUCUAACAAAGCUCAGUAUUGGGGGUAGAACUGACGGUAUGGAAUUGCUGUUUACACAAGGAGCCAUGCAACAGCUCCGAACCCUAGAGUUAUGUUUCAGCGUGCGUGACAUCAUGCGUCAAGACGGUGACCUGGGCCUGGAGAACCUCUCUUCGCUUGAGUAUGUCUGUGUACGAACCACGAGCCAGGACCAGGCGGAGCAUAAUGCUGUGUCCAGUGCAAUUCAAAAAUCGCUCAACAUGAACCCCAACAAGCCCACACUCGAGGUGAAGGAAACUCUCAGUGAAAUACUAUUAUGUGUGAAGCGAGCCCUGCACUCUUUAGGAGAGCAGCCGUGCCCACUAAUUAAAACUGCAUUGGUAGGAGCUUACGAAGCAAUUUGCGAGCUAUCACAUCAGAUGAAAUAUGAUCUACCUACGCUAUGAAGGAUCUGAUUUCUGAACAGGGUCACAGGAGCAGCGUGAACAUGGUUUUUGCAAGUUAUCACCUCAGAUGAAAAAUGAUCUAUCAAUCCAUGGUUGCAUUUUCCUUGCUUGUUGGUGCUGUGCCUCGUUGGGCCUAGGAAAGAGCCCGGGUUGUGCUUUGCACGUUGCAUCAUUUGUCGGCGGCCGUGGUUCGAUCUGCUCUUUUCUACUGGCGUUAUUUUGCUGCGGGCUAGCGUGUGCAGAGGUUUUCGGCCAGAGGUGUUGGCGUCAGUUGGUCUCGGCCCAACGCUCUAGCUCCAUCCCGGACAUGCCCAAAUAUCUUGUGAACUGAAUGUACAAGUUAGGAGCACGGUUCACUUGAGCACUGUUUUACUUUUAGAUGGCUAAGCGGAUGGUAAAGCAUUGUAAAUUGAUUGCUAAACUGAUUUUAGAGCAAGCAAUUAAAUGUAAAGAAGCAUAUGGGUCACGUUUGAGUUACUUACAUCCCACUGCAGAUUAAUCUACUACGUCAGU